UUUGAUCCUUAUCUUAAUUUUUCUCUCUCCUCUUCCUUCCUCCCUCUUUCUCUCUCUGCUCGACGCCUUUGACACACCCAUCACCCACAACCGUACGCUUGGGUCUUCCACCUCCAUUCUCUUGCUAAUUCCACCUUCCGCCACCUUCCGUUCGCUUCAAGCCCCCUUCGGCGACCCAAUUCCGACGAGGUCACUGGAGCUACGAGCUAGGCCCUCCAGGGUCGGCACCCUUAAAAACAUUGAGGCUGAGUGUAUAGCGGAGAAAGAUGAAAAGCCAGAGCAGUUAUAUGCCGCCCCCUUAUGUGCCUUUGGGACAGUCAGAUUCAGCAUCUGAGGUUGUUCUGGGCAAUGAAGAUAUUCCUACACAUGGUCAUGUCAGCAAUGGACCGUUGCAAUGGUCUUCUGGAAUCUGUGCUUGUUUCGAUGAUAUGCAGAGCUGUGUACUUUCGGGAAAUUCCUUGCGAAGGGCCUGUGCACCCCCGGGAUUAGUUGGGGCGCUGUUCCCAAACACCCGGUGCCAAAAAAAAAAAAAAAAAUUAUUGGAUGUUGGACAAAGCAAAGGUUGUGUAGGUUUUUUUUGUCCUUGCUUUCUUUUUGGGAAGAAUGCAGAAUUUCUCGGUUCUGGGACUCUGAUGGGAUCGUGCCUGACCCAUUUUGUUUUGUGGGCUCUUUUCAAUUCUGUUUGUUGCUUGUUGACCGACGGCACUUUGUUGGCUUUACCUGGAUUCUUUAUCUCAUGCUAUGCUUGUGGAUACCGCAGGGCUCUACGGUCAAAGUAUAAUUUGCGGGAAGCGCCAUGCGGGGACUUUGUUACUCAUUUCUUCUGCCAUUUGUGUGCCAUUUGUCAAGAGUACCGGGAGAUCCAUGAAAGGUCUGGUGAUUUUGGAUCCCCUGAUCUGAGUUUGGCUGUAGUCACAGCUCCACCAGCCCAGACAAUGGAAUCAGCUUCCAAGGAGUAGCGCCAUACUGUACCCUAGAACUUUCUGCAAGAUCUUUCAAUAAAAUAAAAAAGGGAAAUGAGCAACAACAGCCCAUGGUCUUGGGUUGUACCUUGUGCUUCAUGUCUUUUUACCACAUUACCUACGGAAUUUCUCCUUGUAACAGCAUAGAAUGUUGUGUUUGCGGUAAUGAGUUUUUUACUACACACUGAGAGUGUCUAUUGCUGGUGACUGGAUGGUAAAAGGAUAUUUUCUUUUGAAAGUAAUUGAAUUUGAACAAUGCAAAGGUAUUUUAGAUAAGUAGCUACUAAUUGCUUA